AUGCGCUCGACGCAUCGUCCCGGACAUACCCCGAUGCGCGCGCCCGUCGGCCCAUCGCACGCGCAAACGACCGCGGACGACGACGCGGACGACCGAUGGAACGCCCAUUACCAAGCGUUGCUCUCCUACUGCAUCGAACACGACCACUGUAACGUCCCCGCGGGGACGAUCCGAGACGGCUUGCGUCUUGGGCAGUGGCUCAACGGGCAGCGAAGUCGCAUGCGGGCGUCGAUCGGGCGUCCGAUCGGGAUGAACGCGACUAAGGAGGAGAAAUUAAGAGAAUUGGUGAAUGCGGGAAAACUGUGGAUCGACUCGCCGGGACGGAGAGACUGGGACGAAGCCAUGGACGCGCUCGAGCGUUGGGCGAUGGCGACGAACGGAGGUGUCGAUUUUAAUUGCCCGCACGAUUUGAAGUACGAUGAUAUCAGGUUAGGGGCGUGGUUGACGACGCAGCGGAUGCGGCACCGGGCGGGCGAGCAGGCGAGGACGCCGUUAAAGCCGGAACAGCGGGCGAGGAUGGACGCGCUUGUUGCUGCGGGGAAGCUGUGGCUCGAUAAGGCGGACACGUGGGAGUCAAAGUUUGAGGCGAUGUUGAGGUGGAGCGAGCGAGUGACCGGCGGUGCGCACUGUAACGUGCCGUACGACUGUCAAUUCGACGGCUACCGGUUGGGUAUUUGGCUCAACACACAGCGACAGCGCUUUCGAGGGAACACGACGAAGAACUUCAAGCUCUCCGACGCUCAACGAACGAAGAUGCAAGAUUUGGUCGAUCGGAAAAAGCUCUGGAUCACCGUACCGACGGACACGUGGGAGCGUAAGUUUGAUCUCUUGCUUGCCUGGGGAAACGAAAAGCAUGCGGGAGAGCACUACAACGUCGCCCAACAGGAAGAGUAUCACGGCGUCAAGCUCGGCGCUUGGCUCGGAACGCAGCGUCAGCGCAUGAUAGGUAAGGCUGGCAAAAGUAAACCGCUCACGAACGAGCAAAGACAGGCUCUGCAGGGUCUCAUCGACGCAGGGAAGCUCAAGCCGACCGUGCGUCGCGCGCCUAAGUCGCCAAAGCGGCGCGCACCGAAAUCGUCACCCACGAACAACCCCAUGGAGCCAUCGACUAAGCGAGCGAAACGAUAA